AUGAACGUGGAGCACAAGGAGCUGCUGUGGCGGUACCGGUUUGCUCUGACCAAGGAGAACAAGGCUCUCACCAAGUGCUUGAUCUGCGUGGACUGGAAUGACGAGGAGGAGGCGGACCAGGCGGUGGAUCUGCUGCAGGAGUGGCAGAAGCAGGUGACGAUCGACAUCAACGACGCGCUGCAGAUGCUGUCAGCCGCCUUCACGCACCCCAAGGUGAGGGAGGCAGCGGCGAGGAGAGUGGCGAUCGCGGACGACCAGGAGCUGCUCGGCUAUCUGCUGCAGCUGGUGCAGGCGCUGCGAUACGAGGGAGGAGGAAGGGAGGGGGGCGACAGCCUGCUGAACCUGCUCAUCGAACGAGCGAGCAACAACCUGGAGAUCGCCAACUACCUCCAUUGGUACAUCUUCUGCCAGCAGCUGGUGGAGGCGGACGGGAAGGAGGCGCGGGGGCGGCAGAAGCACUAUGAGCGAGCGCAGAGGAAGCUGAUGAACAAGCUUGAGAGCACGGAGAAGGGGAGGUCGAUCAUCACGGUGCUAGAGCAGCAGCACGACCUUGUUACCUUCCUGACGAAGCUCGCGCAAGAGAUCAAGAACAUGAGAGACAGCAGGCAGAGGAAGGUAGAACGACUCAAGUCAGCCCUGGCCUCGACCCACUCGAUGAUCUUCGGGUCUGCCGGAGGGUCAGCGGGAGGAGGAGGAGGAGGAGGAGUACGUCUCAACAUGAACCCCAACAUCAUCGCCGUCGGUCUGCAUGCGGAAGACGCUGAGGUCUUCAAGAGCGCGAUGAUGCCGCUGGGGAUCUCGUUCCUGACCAACACGCCGCAACCAGACGUGAAGGCGGCUGAUCGCAUCCAGUACAAGUAUCGCAUCAUCUUCAAGGACGGCGACGACCUCCGUCAGGACCAGCUGGUGUUGCAGAUGCUGAGGCUGAUGGACAGGGAGCUGAAGAACUCCGGACUUGACCUGAAGCUGACGCCUUACCGAGCGCUUGCGACGUCACCCUCGACAGGGAUGGUGGAGCGGGUGGACUCAUACCCGCUGUCAAAGAUUCUAGCAGAGGUGAGAGGUGUGGUCAGGUUUCUACGUCAGCACCAUCCCGAUCGGUCGGGCCCGUUUGGGAUCGCAGCGGAGGUGAUGGACAAUUACGUCAAGAGCUCAGCAGGAUAUUGUGUCGUCACCUACUUGCUGGGAGUAGGAGAUCGUCACUUGGAUAAUGUACUUCUGAGCCCAGGAGGGUAUCUCUUUCACAUUGACUUCGGAUACAUCCUCGGGCGAGACCUUCACCCCGCUACCUCCUCCUCCAUCUUGCCCUUAUCUCUGCCAGUCGACGCUAUGGGCGGGCAGCAGAGUCAGCAUUAUCGUCUCUUCCAGCAGUACUGCAGUGAAGCCUACAUCAUCUUGCGUCGACGAGCAGAGUUCUUCAUCAACCUGAUGAUGCUGAUGAAGGUGACGGAGACGAAGAGGAAGGAAGAGGAGGAGGAGCAAGAGGAGGACGAGGACGAGGAAUGA